AUGUCCUACACCACCGACGCCUCCCGCUGGCGCGCCCUCAGCACGCGCGACCCCGCCGCCAACAACAAAUUUGUCUACACCGUAAAAUCCACACACGUCUACUGUCGCCCAACCUGUCCCGCGCGUCUCGCGCGCCGCGCAAAUGUUGGCUUCUGCGCUACUCCCGCGGAAGCCGCCGCUCUGGGCUUCCGCGCUUGUAAACGCUGCAAGCCCAACGUCGCGGAGAUGGAAGACCCGCAGGAGAAAGCUGUCGCAAAGGCGUGCGUGUUGAUUGAGGAGGCUAUCAAGGCUGGUGGUGAGAAUGGUAAAGAGGGAUUGAGGUUGCAGGAUCUGGCGAAGAAGGUGGGGUUGACGCCGAGGUAUUUUCAUAAGAUAUUCAAAGAGAAGAUGGGGAUGUCGCCGAAGGAGUGGGCGAAGGGCAAGAUGGCAGAGAAAGAUGGGCAGGGUGAGGAGAGGACGCCGAGUCUGGUGCUGGAUAGUCCGCCGGAGGUUGGCGAGUUCAAUCUGGAUGCAUUCAACUUCAACGAGCUUGUGGAUUUUGAUGUGGACGCUGGAUUAGGUGGGGAUGGGGUUGUAGCUGAGCCGGUGAUGCUGUCUUGGGAUGGGUUUGGCGACCCGUUCGAUGCGAAUGCCACCAUGUGUAGCUGGGACACGUUCGCGCCUGACUAUCUGGAUUCAGGUUUUCGACUGGACGACAAGGUCUCCAAUUGGACGGAUGCCACUUUGAUCCCGGAUGCUACGAUAAUGAAGCCAUCGACGACGUUCGAGCAAGAUGCAUCUUUGCUUCUGGAUAUGGGACGUAUACCAGACCUGAACGACGCACUCUACGUGAACACGUUCGGAUGA